CAGCGCAGGAUACGUUAGUCUUCACUGGCAACUAACAGACUUGUAGCUUUUUGCUUAAGAAAGUGACACAACAACUAACUGGUCGAGACAGCAGUAGCUAGAGAAGCAACUAGCUAAACAUUCGAGGCAGCGGCAGAAGAGCAACUUUUUUGCGAGGUCGAGUCAGCUCCAAAAUGCAGCAGCUAAUCCUGCCCGUUCUCCUGGCAUCCUUUUGGACCAUCUGCACAGGAUUAGAUUGGUGCUAUCAGUCCCAGUUCACCUGCGAUCAUCAGUGCAAUGCACCAGACAAGUGGAACCACGCCCAACGCGACUGUGGUGGAAACCACCAGUCGCCCAUCAACAUCGUCACCAGGAAGACUUUGAAAGAUGAGCGAUUGACUCCUUUUGAGUUCAACAACUAUCAGCAGAUCUUCAGAGACACAAUCAAGAACAAUGGCCACUCGGUUAAGGUUGGAGUUCCUCACCUCAGCACCAUCUCAGGUGGAGGCCUCCCGAGCACCUACAAGGCUGUGCAGUUCCACAUGCACUGGGGCAACAACGGAGGGCCCGGCUCCGAACAUACCAUCGAUGGAGAGCAGUAUCCCAUGGAGCUGCACAUCGUUCACAUGAAGAACGAAUACACUGAUCUGACAACAGCUCUAUCAGACCCAGAGGGAGUUGCAGUCCUUGGGUUCUUCUAUGAGACGUCCAAUAGUGCAAACCGAAAGUAUGACCCCAUCACCAACACUCUGCGAAGCAUCAAAACUACAAAUAGCAAUACUUCUCUGCCUUCCAUCUCCCUGGCACAACUAAUCCCAGCUGAGCAGAAUCUGACCAGCUUUUACCGCUACAAUGGCUCUCUGACCACCCCAGGGUGCAAUGAGGCUGUAAUUUGGACUGUGUUUGAGAAUACCAUCCCUCUGAGCGUAGAUCAGCUGCGGGUGUUCUCUGAGCUUCAGUUCCACGAUGGAAAGCCGAUGGUGGGGAACUUUAGGCCGGUUCAGCCCCUGAACGGUCGGCAGGUGUUCCGGUCGGGAGGCGCAGUGAUCCUGGUCAGUUCCACCCUCCUCCUGGCCGCCAUCGCCACGGCCUUGGGACUGUCGCAACCCAACUAGAGCAAGGCAUCCUGUGCUGCACUGCGAUAUCCAUGAACAUAAGUUCUGUAUCACUCCUCAGCUCAACCCUGGUUUGUAACCUCUUCAUUGCAUGGUUGCUAAGAUCGACCACGUCUUAGUGCAGACAUGACUCAUCUGGAGGUCCUCUCUUACAACACAAAUGACAAAGGCGUUAGAGGAACACCUUACGAAAGGUGUUGUAAGUGUUCGAUCAGCAUUCAUGCAUGCGUAAUGAAGCAGUAGGUCUAAUUUCAGCAUUAUGAAUGUGCCAUAAAGCUGGUUACCAAGCAGUCAAAGUGACAAAGUAGUUCAAACUAACACCAGAUCCCUUAGUCAUGCCCUCAUUUUUCACAGUGUGAUCCUACUAGCACCAGCACACACUUUGGACCACAUCCUCCUUGUCCAAUGUCAGGUAAAUUUAGUCUCUGCUUAAUGUUAUUGUGAGUUGCCAAUGUCAGCCCCAUGACCUGGCACAUUAUGUGUUGUUCUCAAUGGGGCAUGGGAACGGCAUGGAGCUAUUAAUAGAAGAACUGAGUCAAAUGAACACGCUCCAUUUCAAAGCCAGCGGUCAAAGGAGUCAGCAGUUUGGCUUUUCUUUCAAAGUCCAGGAGAACAGCGCGGCCGUCAGGUGAACCCCCAUGCAGCCAUUCAGUCAGCAGUUGGUUCGGGAAAGGGGGGAGGGGUGUGAGGUUUUGCCUUUCUCUGCAGGAAUCCAGUGUCUCCUCCCAGAGUCAGAGGCUACUGACACCUGAGACAAAAAUGAAGCUGCAGAGAUGUUAAUGCUGAUAAAGGAAGUGACAGCCUGGUUUUAGAGGGAGGAGGAGAGCAUCUGCAGUGUGGCUAGACAGCAACGCUUUUGAGAAUUAACCUAUAUAAAAUGUCACUCAUAUUUUCAAACCAACAUCAUUAGUUUUCAUGCAUCUCAAACAUUUGCAUGAAUCUGCAUGUCUUGAUGUUCUAGAUGUUCAUAUUGAGCAACAUGUUCAUGGAGUGAAGCUGCGCACACAAAACUGUGCAUGCCAAAUUCAUCCACACGCCUCAGGCACCCGUGAGGUUCAGUGUGCUUAUCUUGGGAACAUAUGACUGUGUUUAUGGCUUGUAUUACAGGGUCUCGGAUGCACUGAACGUUAUUGACUGUGAAUUACACCCCAGUGAGUUCUUAUUCAUUUAUUCAGGAGGACUCGUUACGUAUUCUUGUAAGAGAUCUGUGCAAUUUUCCAGCAAGAUUUAUUGAGAUGAUCAAGCAAGGAAUCUGUAUGUUUUCCAUUGUUUCAUAUGGCAUGAAGUUAUAUUUCUAUGCUGUGUCAUCGUACACAUGUAUUAUGUACUGAAUGUGUAUAUUGAUAUGAGACGCACAGUUAUUGUUAUUUAUGUAUUGCAAAGUACAUAUAUAUAUAUAUAUAUAUAUAUAUAUAUAUAUAUAUAUAUAUAUAUAUAUAUAUAUAUAUAUAUAUAUAUUCAUAUAGUACUGAAUGCAAACCCAUAUAUGAAGCAUCAAGUUGUUCAUGCGCAAUCAAGUUUACUUAUGAUGUUGUUAUAAUGUUAUGAAUUGUAAGAGCUUGUCUGGUUGUAAUGCUUGAAAGUGCCAUAAAUAAUAUGGAGAAUGUGUUUCAACUGAACAAAGGAAUAAACUACUUAUAUGCCUUUUUAAUGCA